AUGUGUCAGUUGACUGGUGAUGGAGCAGUCUUCUUUGGCAUUGAUGUCGUCGAAGUUGAUGAAGAUGUUGUUGCCUUGUGUGAUUGGAUUGUUGAUGAUCCACCUUCGUCGUCAUCAUCUGAAUCGUCGUCGUCUUCAUCAUCUUUGUCAACAUCAAUCUCUUGA